AUGAAGUUGCAUUACAUCGGCAUAAUCAAGAACGAGUCGAAGCCCGCGCACGAGCUGUGCUCAGAGAAGGAGCUCAGCGCUUACUCGCGCUUCACACGCACCAACUAUGGGGAAUUCAUGACGCUAUUCAGCAAGACGGUGGCCGAGCAGACACGACCUGGACAACGGCAAGAUGUCGAAGAGCAAGAUUACACCUUCCACGCAUACGGACGCACCGAGGGCAUCGCGGGGAUCAUCAUCUCAGACCACGACUACCCAUCUCUAGUAGCGCACCAGCUGCUCUCGAAAGUAGUCGAUGAGUUCCUGACGCAGCAUCCGCGGUCGUCGUGGGCCGAUUCCAACCCCACACUAGCAUUCCCCGAAUUGAAGGACUAUUUAGUCAAGUAUCAGGAUCCGCAGCAGGCGGAUAGCAUCAUGAAGAUCCAGAAGGAGCUGGAUGAAACCAAGAUCGUGCUGCACAAGACUAUCGAGAGCGUUUUGCAGCGGGGCGUCAAGAUCGAUGAGUUGGUUGCUAAGAGUGAUGGCUUGAGUGCGCAGAGCAAGAUGUUUUAUAACCAGGCGAAGAAGCAGAAUUCCUGCUGUGUGUUGAUGUAG